GUUACAAAAAUGUAUUUUGGAACACAGUGUUACCUUAAAAUAACCACUUUAAAUAAAGGAAUAACUUGUAAACUACAGUAAAGCUCAGUGGUAUCAAGUAUCUCUGAAAUGCAUCUGAAAUGCAGCUGAAAAAUUUGUUGCAACGGAAACGGAAAUACUGGAGAGAAAUCCUGGUUACUGUGGAAACGAAUCAUACAGUGGAGUGACGCGGAAGAGCCGAGAAAAGGAAUUCGCGUUUGAAGACUACUCUGCAGUUAUCCUGGUUUAAUGAUUCUCAGCCUUGGUAUGGUAACUUUAUUUUUUGAUUCUUAUCUGCUUGGAGUGUGCUGACCCAAAAUUGGAGACGCCAGGGUUCUGAAACAUACACAUUCUUUUGGGGAACCCAAAUGAUCAUCAGCUAUAUGAAGUGCAGUGAUGUAGACAUUUGUUCUGCACAUUGGUUUUCUGAACAUCUCUGCUGAUGUUCUUGCACUGAUAGCUGCACGCACAUGGGUGUGGGUCCGAGUAGUGUUUUUUUCAUUUUGCUCCGCUGUGCGCUGUAUGUCAGUGCGCGAUGCUCCAGGCGGGAUCUGUGCAGCUCCUGUGCCUUACGGCCAGCAGCGGCGUGCCUCUCUUCUCCCGGGGCGUCUCCAGGCAGCUCCCUUUCUCUGUCAUCGGGUCUCUGAACGGGGUGCACAUGUUCGGCGGGGGCCAGGGGGCCACGCUGUCCUGCUGCGAAACGGACAGCGGCGGCCGCGUGGUCUGGAAGGUCUUCCAGGAGAGCGUGAUGCUCAUCGCGGUGAGCGGCGAGCAGGGCGGCGCCGUGGACGACCUCCAGCUGCGCCGCCAGCUGGAGAACACGUGGAACUGCAUGGUGCUGGUCCUGGGGCAAGAUGAGCUGGUGACCGUGCGCAAUGUGGAGCGCCUGAAAAGGGACCUGCGCUCCUGCUACCGGCUCAUUGACCUCUUCCUGGAGGGCGCUGGCGACGGGAUGGGGGACCUGACGCACUGCGCUGACUGCCUACUGGCCCCGCAGCCCAGCCCACUGCAGGAGGCUUUGGACGCCUUCACCCACGCCGCCGAGAGCGAGUUUGGCUGCCUGCUGGUCCACGGCAAGGUCGUGGUGGCUACGGAGAAGUGGUGGCGCCUGGCACCCCAGGAGGUGGUCCUCCUGUCCGCCCUGGUGCGCACCUUCAGCGGGUCAGCCUCCUGCGACCACCCCGUGUUCCUGCCCCAGGGCAGCCCCACGGUGCCCCUCCGCCUCCUCCGGUUCCAGCUGCUGCCGGGGGCGGACCUGUGCGUGCUGUGCGGCCCCGCCCCCUCCCUGCAGACAGCCGAGAGCGAGCUGGUGGCGCGCUUCUGGUGCCCCCUGGUGGAGACACUGCGCGGUUGCCUGACGCUCGGAGGGCGGUGCCUGCCGGGCUCGGUUGCGCUCCACGGAGACGUCCUGGGCCUGCUGCUCAUCAAUCGGGAGUCCAGCAGGGCCGUCUCCACCGUGCGGUCUGGGGACAUGCCCCCCGGCCGACCCCGCCCCGCCCGGUGCCGGGAACUGCUCCGGCUCUUCUACGUUUUCGCCGCGACGCGGUACUUUGGGCCCGAGGAGGUGGGGGCACUGGGAGAGAGGCGGCGGGGCGACCCGCUCAAGGAGGACUUCUCCCUGGGCUUCUCCCAUCAGCCUGUGCAGUGUUACCUGGUGACGGAGGAGUGUAAGCUCUUCGGCCUUCAGACCCCUCAGCACCAGCUCUACCUGCUGAUGCCCAUCUCCGUGCCAACAUUCGCCCUGCGCUCCCUGGCCACCCGCACCCUCUCCGCCAUCACCAGCAGCACCGGCUUUUAGGGCAACGAUGGCACUGAUAAGCAUGUGGGGCCCUCUUCUAAUACUUGAAUCAGAAAUGACUUGCAGAUGUGGGAACUCACAUGACCACAAUGCAACCCAGUUACAGACACUGUAAGUGCAGUGUCAGUAUUUGGGCAGGGAAAAAGCUCAGUGCUCAUAACAGCUUAUAACAAAUUAUGACAGGUAGGCUAUAACAGCUGCUCUUUGAGGAAAGUGAGGAGCUAUUGGAAAGUAAUGAUUUUUGUCAGAACACUGUUGUUCAUUGUGGCUACCAAUUAAAGGAAAAACACAGGACUAUACAUUUCUGUUUUUUUUAUAGCAUUUAUUUCAGUGGGAUCUGCAGUAAUUGUGGAUGUUAUUUAUAGCGGGUCUGAAUCUGUGACUUAAUGGAAUAUUUUGGAUGAAUGUAAUGCUUUGUCCUAUUUCAAAGUAUUUGUAAUAAUGUUAUAAAUUAACUUUAAUCAAUCAGUUAUUCUCUGUUUUGAUAUUUGUGAACAAUGUUUGAACUUAGGUAAAUAAAAAGAGAAAUGAUUUACACCUUG